ACACCAUUUUGGCUGUUCAUGAAGGUGUUGGGGGUUCAGUGUUGCUCUGGAUUUAGUCCAAGCUCACUUCACCACAGCUGUGACCGGGAACACACAAACUGCUGGUCUCAGAUCAGAAUCUGUUUCAGUAAAUGAGAACCAGCCUGACUUAUUUUAGUUUAUUUGAAGACAUGCAGUAAAAAGCAGAAAACUGACAGAACUGAUCACUUACUAAAUCUGUCAGCAACUCGGUGCUGACAGAUCCUCUCCUCCCCCCCGGGAGUGUCAGCAAUCACACAAACACACGCAACAGAUUUAUGACGUCAUGAUCCUGUUUGCUGGAGUCGCCGUCGCUAUGGUUACGCCCCUUCAGCUCCGCAUAAGCUGGAAGAAAUGCCGGGACGGGAAGCUGGUGGUGUCCACGGAAUAAUAAAGUGACAUCACAGUGACCUCAGGAAACAGGAAGUGUUCUGCUCUUACCGGAAGUGCCCGUAAGAUCAAAGAUAGUGCAGCCGAAUGGCACAACCUGAUGAUGAGGUGGGAAAAACUGAAUGAAGAAGGAUUCAGCAUGGCAGGAAACAUUGUGGACCUGAGACUGACUCGUUCUCAGAGUGAUCAGCUGCUGCUGGUGGACGAGUCUUCAUCAGCUGGGCCACAACAGACGGGCGUGACAACAGCGCUGCAGGAUGAAUGCUGCAAACUGCAGGACGUCAUCAACAAAAUGGUCGUCGUGGUGACAAAGAUGGAGCGUCUGAUGACAUCACAGCGAGGUGUUAAGGAUCUGGAGGAGUUUCAGUUUGGGCCUGAAGGAAGAAAGUUUCCUCUCUUUCACAGCUGGAACACCAAAUGCUUUGAGGACUUGUCUCGCGCCCUGUGGGAGUCCUUCCAACAGGAGCUGAAACUGAAGCAGCUGAUCCUGCAGGAACUUGCCCACACUGCAAGCUCUGACCUGUGCAUGGUCUACCUGUCCUGCUGGCUGCACCAGCCCCUAACCCCCCCACAGACCAGACUUACUCUGGAGGCUCUGCUGUUGGAGACAGGACACCGCCCACUCUGAUGUCAUCUGUCCUUCAAAGUCAUGUGAUCACGAUCAGGAUCUUCUUUGAAAGACUGGAGGCAGCUGUCUUUAUCUGCUUUACUGAACAGGUGUACAACAGAAGUGGGAGAUGGAGCUCAUCCCUGAGGCUGCAGGUGAACUUGGAGUCAGCUGAUGGACUUGAGUCCAUUGAACACACAAGCAGAAAGUCUCUUUGUUCUGUUAUCAUCUGUCUUCAGGUCUGUUUCUGUCAGAGCUGCUUUAAAUUCAAUGUGAAUGUCUAGAAAUAUGUUUAUUACUUUCUGACAGAAAAUGAACAUGUGUAUAUUAAGUAAGAAAUGUAUCUCACUGGUUUUUGAGGUCGCCUGUGAAGCAGUAGAAGAAAUACUGCAGUUUUCCUUCUCUGGUUCUGGAUCAGAGAAACCUGACGGACUUCAUUCGUGCAGCAACACCUAAAGUGAGGGAACCAAAGAGUAAUGAGAGAAAACAUAAACGAUCAAAUAAGCAAGUGAGCUGCAGACUGGUUUUAAACUGUAAUAAAGAAACCAACACGAGACACAAACACACCAGAGGACGAAGACUCACCUUUGUAAAGAUGUUCAGUAAAGUUCAGCUCACAGGUGAGUUUGUCUCAUCCGUUUAUUGGAGGAACAUGAAAUGUGUUUGAUGCAGUCAGCACUCAGUCAACAGAUAAGUUUAAACUCCUCCAAACUGUUUUCAGUCCAUCCUCACAUCAAUUCUCCAAACGAGUACAAACGUUAAGUUUACGCUUGGAAAAUGUUUUGCUGUGAAGUUUUAUAAAAAGUAAUAAAAUAGUGCAACUUUUUUUUAAAC